AUGCCUUAUACUUUGCGAAGACGUGAAAGACAUAGUGAUUUUCUGAUCGAUCCGCCAUUAACGAAUAUUAGUGCACGUUUCGCAGCUGAACUAGGUUUUACAAUGGCUCAAAACUUGCCUACAAUGGUUUAUUCAGCACCGGAAACAGCAGUGGUACAAACUGCUCAGCAUUUUAUUAAUGGUAGUGAAAUUGGCAUGAACUGGUUGAUCGAGCCAGGACUUGUCAGAUACUUCUCAUCUAACGAACUCAGACCAAUUUUCACAAUACGAAUUCAACAAGAGACUAUAUACACUAUGGAAGAAAUUAAUAACAUUAUUGGAAAAGAAACAAUUGAUGAAUUUGAGGAUAGAAUUGCAAAGGUCGUCUCAAAGCUUAAAUUUCCUCGUAAGGCAAGCACUGUUCUGAUUGCUGAAGACAACGUCCUCAAUGCCAUUAUACAGAAAUUCAUCCGUAACGGUAAUAAGUUAACCACAAAACAGCACCUAACAAUAACCAAACGAAUUCCCCGACUUUCUUUGAUGCAUUUCGAUAUUGACAGUGAUGGAAGAUGGAAGCCAAGUUCUGCAUCGUUGCCUGGGUUACAAGGUGCUACCCGCACUAUGUUUAAUCAACCUGAUAUCAGCUUUCUGAUCAGACCGACUCGUGAUUUUUGA